UCUCUCUCUCUCUCUCUUGGUCAUAGCAAGCAAAGUCAUUGGGCUUUUCGUCUUUGCACGGCCAAUUACCAAAAUAUCUCCCGCGACUCCCCGCCAUAACUUUAUCAUCCCCUUCCACCUUUCUCUCUCUCUCUCUGCGCCUCCGGCGAAAUGGCCGCUGUAAUGGGGAAUUUAGCAUUGUUGAUUGACGUAGCGUCUCUCCGGACCAUAUCACCGGAACGCAAGACUCGCUCGGCGGCCGUUGACGUCCUUCUGAACUUGGCCAAGAGAGAGCAGCCGCCUCACCCUCACUACAUCGCCACCGCCGCCACAGCCUGCGCUUCUGUCGGCGCCACGAGCUUCGAAUUUGACGGGGAAUCUCGCAACCAGAGAGUCUUCGUCGCUCGAGGAAAGGCGAAUUCGAAGGCGAAAGCCGUCGAUUUCGAUGCUGGUUCCAGUGACGACGAGGGCAACGGCGAUGUGAACGGGGACGAGGAAGAGGAGUUUGAUUGGAAGAAGGAGAUGUUGAAGAGAGUGACGGAGAUUGAGGAUAGGAGGGAGUUGGAGAAAAAAGCUGAGGAGUUGCAGAGUCGAAUGGGGGAGAGUGGCGAAGGCGAGGGCAGAGAAGAGACAGAGGAAGAGAAGAGGAUGAGAGUGAAGAAGGAGCUUGAAAAGGUUGCUAAGGAGCAGGCAGAGCGGAGAGCAGCGGCUCAGUUGAUGUUUGAGUUGGGUCAGAAGUAUUAUGGAAAGGGCAUGUACAAGCGGGCCACUGAGUUCCUAGAAGGUGCCCUCACAAUCAUUCCAAGGCCAACAUUAUUUGGUGGGGAGAUACAAAUAUGGCUUGCUAUGGCUUAUGAGGCUAAUAAUCGCCAUGCAGAUUGCAUAGCUCUCUACCAGCAGUUGGAGAAGCAGCAUCCUAGUGUCAGCAUUAGACGUCAAGCUGCUGAACUUCGCUACAUUUUGCAAGCGCCUAAGAUCAAGAUAUCCCAGGAGGAGAUGGUAACAAUACCAUUGAUAGGAUCUAGCUAUGACAGUUAUGCUGUGACAUGGAGUGACAAAUACAAGGACAGGGAUAAAAGAUUAAGCGGGUCAACAACGAAUCAGCUUCCAUCAUCAAAGGACUUUUUGGGGGACUUUCUUGUGUGGCGACCCCCUAUUGGGUUGGAGAAGAACCAAGUCUUCUGGGUAGCCGUUACGCUGUGGUUCGGCCUGGUUGGAGCCGCCCUGUUUCUUCAAAGAUGAAAAUACAGACCCAAAUUUGUGUGAUCAGAUUGUAAUCUGUGCUUAUUCAGAAAUUAAGCUGCCAGUAUAUUGUUUCUGUUGAUAUCAUUUCAUUGUCAUUGUAAAUGCCACUGUAUUCGAAGUAAAAAAGUAUGCUCUUUUUUUUUUUUAUAGCUAAAA